UCAAAAUAAAUGUUUAUAGGUUAAUUUUACCACUUUUGCCUAAUUCUAAAUAUAUAAUUUUCAAAUAAUAAAACUAAACGUGAUCAUUUUGUCACGUCCGAUUUAAUUUUAAACAAGUCAGAGGCUCACAAAGUGGUACACGCUAUGAGGUUUCUCACUUUUAGUGUUCUUAAGAAUUGCAAAAUAAAGACGUCAUUAUUUAAAAACUUUAGUGUACAAGUUCAAGCAAAUCGUGAGAUUGAAAAACUAUCAGACCCAAAUCUGGUUGAAAUAUUACCAUCAUGGAAGGAGGACGAGGAGGCAGAGUUGCGCGCUACUGUGUUGCAACAUAUGCGAGUGCUGCCCAAUUUUGUAACUGAAGAAGAGGAAGCUGCUCUGCUUGCAGAAGUGGAACCACAGUUAAAACGCAUGCGCUACGAGUUCGAUCAUUGGGAUAAUGCGAUCGAAGGUUAUCGUGAGACAGAGCGCAGUAAGUGGAACGCAACCAACAGCGAGGUACUGGCGCGCGUGCGCGCGGUGGCGUUCCCGCCGCACGCGGAGCUGUUGCCGCACGCGCACGUUUUGGACCUGGCGCCCGCCGGACACAUCCGCCCGCACGUCGACGCGGUCAGAUUCUGCGGCGACACUAUUGCGGGUCUGUGCCUGCUGUCGAGCGCGGUGAUGCGACUCACGCACGAGCAACGCCCGCACCUCGCGCUAGACGCGCUGCUGCAGCGGAGGUGUCUCUAUGUCAUGACCGGCGUGGCGCGCUACGCGUUCAGCCACGCGGUGCUGCGGGGCGCGGCGGGCGCGGGGGGCGCGGGGGGCGAGUGGCGCGGCGCGCCCGUGCGGCGCCGGCGCCGCGUCGCCGUCAUCUGUCGCGAGCGGCCGGCCGCGCCGCGCGACGGCCCGAGUAGCCUCCCGAACUGAUUCUUUGCCCUUCGUUUUGUAAUAAUUCAUUUAAAGAAAUAUCUUUAUUACCACACCUGUAUUAGGUAUAACGGAAUUAUGUUUUCGUAUCUAAACUUGCUCGGACAUAUUUGUAUAUCUUUGAAAUUAGUAUUAUUACAAUUAGUGUAAAUAACUAAGUGAUAUAUUUUUAUAACCUUUUUGUAUUACCUUAAAAAUAUAUUGAUGUAGUUUUUAGUAAAUUAAAAUAAUAUAUGAAAAAUAAACCUUGUUAAUGUUGA